CGAGAAUACGCGACCAACGGCCACAGGAACCGGUCAGUUCGUAGCGAGAUUCGUAGCUGUGUAGCCGUAGUGAAAAUCAACACUCGAGCCUGUGAUCAUGUCGUCCAUCGUGCGCAAGGUGAUCUCCACCAAGAAGUGCCCGAAGGCGCUGGCACCGUACAACCAAGCUAUCGUUGCCGACCGUACGGUGUACUGUUCCGGAGUGCUCGGAAUGGAGGUGGACACGCUAAAACUCGUCCCGGGCGGUGCUGGAGCCCAGACGGCAAAGGCGCUCGAGCACUUGACCAAUCUGCUCGCAGAGGCCGGCUCCAGCGUUGAUAAGGUUGUCAAAACGACCGUACUGCUGGGUGAUAUGAACGAUUACGCCACCGUCAACGAGGAGUACAAGAAAGUGUUCAGCGGCAGCUUCCCGGCCCGAACCUGUUACGGUGGCAUUAAGCUGCCGCUGGGAGCGGCGGUGGAGAUCGAAGCCAUUGCACUUACCGGUGCUGUGGUCAACAUUUCGGAAUGACUAGAUUCGAAAAUGUAACCGCUGAAAACGUGCGCACCUAAAGCUGUGGUUACAACCCGGAACAAACCCGUUACCGUUGGUGACGUCCUCAAGUGAAUCUGCAUUCCCGGGCACGGAAUGUUGCCUAACAAACGUGGCACCAACUCUCAAAUCGAACUGAAUAAAUCGUAGCGAUAAAAUAGCUAGUGGAAGUUUCAUA